CUUCAAUAUGUUGCAUUUUGAAGGAGUUUCAACACUGAUUGGAAAAACCACAGGCAAAGUUGUAAACCAUAAGGUUCGCAUAUCAAGCUGUAGAAUUUGUGAAAGGGCAAAGAGCAGAGGUGUCUUACCACGACAACAUAAGUGUAGAAAGAAUUGGAGUGGUUCGGCAAAGGGUAUGGAACCAGAUAUGGUAGUCGAAAUGUUAAAGGAAUUAGAUGAAAAAGGAGUGGAUAUAUUAGAAGUAGUAGGAGAUGAUGAUUCCACAGGGUUUGACCGAGCCAAGCGAUUAAUGCCCAAUUCAAAAAUGGAAAAAAUAAGUGAUAGAAAUCAUAUCAAACAUAACAUUAUUUCAAAGAUAAAUGAACUAAAGCCAAAACACAAAGAGUUAUCUGGAAUGGUUUGUGACGCAAUUGUUAAAAACUUUACAUACGUUGUCAACCAGAAUGUAGGUAAUCCGAGUGGUAUUGAGGACGGCCUACAUGCAUCAAUAAAACACAUAUUUGGCGAACAUGAUAACUGCAAUGAAACUUGGUGCGGAUACCUUAAAGACAAGGAUUCUUAUAUCCAUUCAAAUCUUCCCCGUGGAAAAGACCUAUGUUCGUCUGAACUCAGAUCAGAUCUUGAGAAACUGUUUAUUCAAAAAAUGGUUCCACAGUCUAAAAAGCUAUCUAACUUGGGCUCAUCACAGGCAAAUGAAAGCUUUAAUAACUUAAUUGCUCUCAAAGCUCCAAAAACCAAACAUUUCUCCACAUCAGCAUCUUUAAAUUACAGAGUCAGCUCAGCUGUACUCCAAAAGAAUGAGGGUUAUAAUUACAUUGCUGAGUUAAACACAUCUAUAGGCCUGUCACCUGGAAAUGAGACCCUAAGCAGGGGUAAUAAAUUAAACAAGAAGAGAGAGGGCAACAAAAACAGAUUCAAAAGCAAACAGGGAAAAAGACAACGUAAAGUUCUCAAAAAGAAACGCCUCCAAAAAACAACAGUGGCUGAAGUCAAAGAAGGGAGAACAUACCACAGUUCAAUCGGGUUAGAAGAUUUUGCAACAAUAGACAUAGAAGAAAUACCUGCAAUUCCUGAAGCUGAAACCUUUACAAACAUAGAUGAUGCACCAAUAGUUUGUUUUGAUUUAGAGACAACUGGUUUAAGUAGAUAUUCUGAUAUAACCCAGAUAGCUGCAUGCACCAAAGACAGUUCCUUCAGUCGAUAUAUAUUUCCAGACCAACAAAUUUCAAGAGAAGCAUCAGAAAUAACAAAAAUCACUAUUGUAGGACAAAAAAUGUAUUACAAUGGUAAUGCUGUUGUUUAUAAGCAUAAACAUGAAGGAAUGACUGAUUUUUUAACUUAUUUGUCAAGUUUCACAGAUAAACCUUUAUUGGUAGGACAUAAUAUAAAACGAUUUGACUGCCAUGUUUUAUUUCAUACCUUAAAAUGUAUGAAUAUGUACAGUGAACUAUGUGCAAGUAUUGUUGCAUUUUUAGACUCUUUGAAUUUGUUUAAACUUGUUUCACCUGGCUUGUCAUCUUAUAGCCAGUCUUUUCUUGUUGACAAACUAUUAGGUCAACAGUAUGAAUCUCAUAAUGCUGUGUAUGACACAAAAUUACUUUUUAAUUUAGUCACUGAGAAAGGUAAUGUUUCUCAAUUUAUUAGUGAACUUGCUUUUUCACCUAGCUACCCUCAGUUAUACCAGAUGCAAUUGGCCAACUUGAAAACUUUUGAAAAGCUAGUUCAAUCAAAAUGUCUGUCAAAAGCUAUGGCACUAAAGACAGCGAGGUCUAACCUAAGGUUUCAACAUUUCCAAUUAGCAGUACAACGAAAUGACAUGGCAGGACUCAAAGCCUUAAUGACAGAAAAGUCUUCAACUGGGGUAGUUAGAGUGACAUCAAACAAAAAAAUUAUACAAAGAGUAUAUGAGUAUCUAAUUAGUCAAAAGUAA